UUGGGUUUGCUUCGCUCGCCUCGCUUUGCCCGAUUCGGCCGGGGUCAGGGUCACUGGCCGAGCAAAUUAGGGUGGAAAAUUUUUUAUUUAUUUAUUUCCGCAAAGAAAAAAAAGUUAAAUAUCCAGUAACGGAAACCCUAAUCCCCAAAUCACAAAUCGAUUCGAUUCGCUAUUUAAUGUGGUGUGGUUUUCUUCUCCGAUUCGAUGUCCUCCUCCGCUCCGGCCCCCUCAUCGAUCGAGCUCGCAGCCGCCGUGUUCCCCGCCGGGGAAGGUCGUCCUUGCCGUUGGGUGGUGUUCCCGGCGCUGGAUUGACGCCAUGAGGAAGAAGCUGGACACCCGCUUCCCCGCGCCUCGGAUUAAGAAAAUCAUGCAAGCAGAUGAAGAUGUUGGCAAGAUUGCUUUAGCUGUACCUGUUCUAGUGUCAAAAGCAUUGGAAUUAUUUCUGCAAGACUUGUGUAAUAGGACAUAUGACAUUACAGUGCAAAGAGGGGUCAAGACUCUGAGUUCUUCCCAUUUGAAACAGUGCAUACAUAGUUAUAAUGUUUACGAUUUCUUGAGGGAUGUCGUCAGUAAAGUUCCAGACAUGGGUACAUCUGAUGCUGGUGUUGAUGAUAAACUUGGCAAAAGGAGGAAAACUGCUGAAGAUGACAGUGAAGAGGAAUCAAAGCGGACAAGAAAUGAGGCAGCAAGCCAGACAAGCACUGGUAGAGGGCGUGGGAGGGGUCGGGGAAGAGGCCGACGUGGUGGGCGUGUGUCUGAGAGGGAGAUUAUUUCCGCUUACGAAAAAUUUGAGGAGAACCAUGAGUUUCCUCCAGGUCAAUUUAGCAAGCCUUCUCAGCUGAAGGUAGAUGUUUCAGUUGAUGGUACAGAUGCAAUUGAAACAAAGGAGGCUACCCCAUUAAGCAACGCAAGAGCUUCUCUAAGGAACAUUGACUUAAACAUAGAGCUUACUGACUAUGAUGAUGAGGGUUCAGCUCCACUGGAGGUCCAGCCUCCAGCUCCGGCAGCAGGUGUGGUUACAACCUCUUCAGGACCACUUGUUUCGGAGGUGAACGAAGAGGCGAAGACCAAAGACUUUCUAGGAUGGCAAUUGCCUGAGCUGACCAAGAUGGCCAUGGACCCUGUUCAGUUUGCCUUGUCUUCAAACCAUAGGUUAGAGGAGGAUGAGGAUUAUGACAACGAAGAAUGAUAACUUGCCCCUUUUAGGUUAAGAAGCUGAUAGAUAGACAUGACUUUUGUCUAUUGUACAUCCUUGUAGCCCAGCUUAACUCUGUAGCUGAUCUUGUAUAAUAUGUGUACCUGCUGAAGCUGCAGUAGUUUAGGAUGUUACAGAGGUUUAUCGAUCGAUAGCUAGCAACUAUGUUGACAGACAGAUUCAUCAGUUGUACAUCCUAUCUGAUCUCCAGUUUAUGAUAGUUUGCAAUGUUCCUGUCUGUUUGUCCAUUGCUGUAUUCCCUGUGCCUACUUUCUCAGGGUGCUGAAUUUUACUGAAACAGUGAGCUGCAGGGCUGUUGCAGCCAAGACUGUUUCCUUCUCCCAAAGGAGAGUGAUACAGGUAUGAUGAAAUUGUGAAAAGUGAAA